AUGAAAACGUAUGACAACGUGAACCAGUUCUGGAUAGCGCGCAACUCGUGGGGCCCAGGUUUUGCCCAAGAAGGCAGCUUCAAGGUCGCGUUUGGAGUGGCGAGCGUCCUGAGCCCAGGGGACACUUUUGGGGUCGUGUUUAAGCCGUCCCUAGCAGCGCCAAAGCGGCCUCCUCCGCAACUGGCGGCUGCACCCACCCUGCCGAAUGGCUGCAGCUACUACCAGGCGGUCCCCGGUGACUACCUGUCGGGCGUCGCUGACCGCGUGGCGGUGCCGGUUGAGAAGCUGCUGCUGGACAACCGGGACACACUGAGGGACCUGGACAGCCCUCUGGCAGGCAAAAGACUCGCAGUGUGCUCCAUCGGGGUGUCGCCGGCACAGCCCGCGCCCGCGCCUGUGCCGGCGCCGGCGCCGGCUCCUGCUCCCUCAACCCCCCCGGCUGCUUCAGUUGUCGCGCCGUCGCUGGUCAGGUCGUUGCCAUCCGACUCGCGCACGGCUCAGCUGCGGUCGCUGCUGGGGUUCAAGGCUGCGAUAGACAGGCAAGGCACGCUGGCCUGGUCGGCUGAGAGGGCGGCCAACGCCGGGUACUGCAGCUUUUUUGGCAUCACGUGCGACACACAGGGCAACGUGGCCAAGAUUGAGUUCAACCAGGUCAAGCUGGGGGGGACGCUGCCCCCUGCGAGUGUUCUCAGAGACCUGACAGCGCUGACAGGGGUUGAAUUGGACACAACUGGCAUCACCGGGACCCUGCCAACAGACUGGGGCGUCCUGACCCAGCUGCAGGACCUCAGGAUUUGUCGCAACUCCGGCAUCACGGGCACACUCCCGCGCACCUGGGCGGGGCUGGCGCGCCUCAAGGUCCUGUACCUCUAUAUGAACAAGCUCACCGGCACGCUGAGCCCAGAGUUUGGCACGGCCUGGCUAGCAAUGGAGCUCCUAUCACUGUCCACCAACAGCUUCAUGGGGCCGCUGCCCAGGGAGUGGGCCGGGAUGAGCAGGCUCAGAACGCUGCACCUCUACGACAACAGGCUCACCGGCACGCUGAGCCCCGGGUUUGGUUUCGCCUGGCCGGUGAUGGAGAACCUUCUGCUGUCCAACAACGCCUUGACGGGGCCGCUGCCCAGGGAGUGGGCCGGGAUGGGCAGGCUCAAGACGCUGUACCUCAAUACAAACAAGCUCACGGGCACGCUGAGCCCCGCCUUGGGCGCGGCCUGGACGGCAAUUGAGGCGCUGCAGCUGUCCACCAACGCCUUCACAGGGCCGCUGCCCUUUGAGUGGGCCGGCAUGGGCAGGCUCAAGACGCUGCACAUCACGUGA